AUGGGUUUUCUAUAUGUCAUGAAAGAAGGCAUAGUGGUGCUGAAGGAGGUGAGAAAGAACAACUUAUAUUGUCUUGUGGGAUCAACAGUAGUUAGUGAAACUGAAGCAUAUAUGGCUAGUGAAGCAGAGCUAUGGCAUAAAAGACUAGCUCAUGUAGGAGAAAAGGGAAUCAAAGAGCUACAGAAGCAGAAUCUACUGAGUAUCAUCACUCUUGUGAAACUCAAAAUUUGCGAAGAUUGCAUUCUAGGGAAGAGCAAGAAGAUUCCCUAUCCAACUAGCAGAAUGUCUACAAAAGAGCCCUUCGAAUAUGUACAUGGUGAUCUCUGA